GUUGUUAUUAAAAAUUUGUUGUCGGAUAUCAGACCGCCUUUGAGCAUGAUUUAUAAAUAUGGUGAAUAAAUAAAGUCCGACUUGUGUGUUGAACACAAUGUCCUUAACCGUAUAUAUCCCGACGAUAUUAUGUACCGCUCUUCUUAGCAGUUGUCUUUCUGUAGAAGUGAACGUGUUUGCACAGCCGAGCAUGCCUGUUAAUGAAAACCAGACAACAUGGUUGAUGUACGCCUACAUAAGAUCUCGUCCAACAUCUGCCAAGCUUCCGUUUGUUACAUGGAUAAAAAUUAUAAAUGUCGAUACAAACCAUACCAUAGCACUGUAUGAAUAUGGAAAUGGUAUUAUAAAUGAAAAUUACAGAGAAAAGAUAAGCAUUGACGAAUCUGGAAACCUGUACCUUAAUAAGGUAACUCGAGCAGAUGGUGGAAUAUAUAUAUGUGAGGUUGAAAUAACCGAUGAUCAACCGAAAAUUGACUCCGGUAUAGUGAAUGUUACAGUUUUAUACAUAGAUGCACCUACAAUCCAUGUACCUACAAAUGUGGUAGAUGGUAAUAUGUUGAAAAUUGUAUGCUACAGUGGUGCUGCUAAGCCCAAUCCAAAAUUGAUCAUUUACAAAAAUCAUCAGUCGAUAGUUUCUAGGAUUGACGCCACUCUAAGCUACAUCACCAACAAUGUAACACUUGAGGACUCUGGUAACUACUUUUGUAGUGCAAGCAAUGACGCAGGAAGCAAGAAUAGUGACACAAAGAGACUUAAUGUUCAAUAUAUCGCUGAGAACAUCAGUUUUAGUAGUACAGUUUCUCAAAAUAUGCUGUCAAUUAGAUGUGAAGUAAACGCUGACCCGUCCCCAAAAUAUACAUUAUACCAAGACAACAAAGCAAUUAAAAGCGAAAUCGGAGAUGUUAUGGAAUAUAACAUUGACAAUGUGAAACUACAAGAUGCUGGGAAUUAUUACUGCAUGGCGACGAAUAUUGUAGGGAUCGUGAAGUCUGAAACUUUAAGCUUUUCUGUUGCAUGUACGUAUAUGAUAGGGAGAACUCCUUUUAAUACUAGGCUUAUUGCUGUUAAUAGAGACUGA